AAUUUAACCCUAACAUUAGGAGGUGGAGCACAUCUCCGGUGACCUCUGGCAGCUGAAGGCGAGAUCCCUCCAUAACCACCCUUUCGUAUGACUCUUUCCUCCAUAGCCACCCUUUCGUAUGACUAUGCACACAAAAUUUUUGGACUUCUGGAUUAGCCUCCAUAUGAUUUCGAAAUCAGGUUUUGCAGUGGAAUGAAAUUUGGAUAGCUUGGUUUGAUUUUCGGUGGAGGUUGGAAAUUGGUGAGUCCUUCUCUGUUUGGUUGUGUUUCGGUGUUAUGGAGGAUUGAUGGGGAUAAAUUGAAAGGUGUUGGAAGAAACGGGUAGUGGUGUUUGGGUUGGUUACAGAUAAAAAAGAAGAAGGGUGGAGGUGUGUGUUAGGAGAUGAUGAGUUAAGAAAAAUUGAUGAGGUUGAAGAUGAUGGUAGAAGAUGAUGAUUGCAGAGAGAAAGAGGAAGAAUCAAUAUAGGGGAAUUCGUCAACGUCCUUGGGGGAAAUGGGCAGCUGAAAUCAGGGACCCAAGAAAGGGCGUUCGUGUCUGGCUUGGAACCUUCAACACUGCUGAAGAAGCAGCAAGAGCUUAUGAUGCUGAGGCACGGAGGAUUCGUGGCAAUAAAGCCAAGGUGAAUUUCCCUGAAGAAGCUUCCGUGAAACGUUCCAAGUUAAAUCCACUGGGAAAUCGGAAGAUUGUUCAACCCAAUGUUCAUAAGUUCAAUGCUGGGAACAAUCAGAACGACCUUCGUUGGCCUAUGGAUCUGGUGGAACAGAAACCCCUAGUUAAUCAGUUUGCUGACAUGGGUUCCUUCCCCGGUAGUGGAAAUGGGCUCAGAUCUCUGCCUUCGACUAAUAAUGUGACCCUUCGCAAUAACGAUUCGCCCUGUGCCAGAAAAUCCCAAUAA